UUCAUUUCAGUAAAUUUCUUUUUACUAAAAACCCUAAUUCCCAAAUCUCCUCAAAUCGAUCUUCAUCAAUCUCUUCAAUGGUGUGGGUAAUCGUUCAAUAUCUUCGAUAAAACUUAAAAACUAGAACCUUAUCCAUUCUUUGCCUUUAAUUUUGCUUCGGUCAUCUGUCGUUAGUCAUCGGUGGGGAAGAUAUCGAUAUCGAUAUCGAUCGGAGUGGGCUUGAAGACAAAUAACAGAAGAAAUUUUAUUAAGAGGUAUUAGCAUUUCUACUAUUUGUUAUCUCUUUUUCAUGCGUUUGUAAAUGGAUUUUUUGUUAUUUAAGUUGGAAAAGUUUUACUCUGUUACUGUACUCGGCUAAAGGGAAAAAUGUUUUGGCUUUUUCGUCUGUUAAAGGAUAGGGAAUCUUGACCUUUAUUUCUUGUCUUUUUCAGAGUUUGUUCAAAUUUGUGGCUCUAUUAUUGUUGUUUUUCACUACGGGGUAGGGUUACUGAAGGACAAUAUGUUGGGGAGUUGGAAAGGGUUGUCUUUACUAUAGAUAAAGACCAUUUCUCUCUGACCGAGAUGAAAUGUUACACUAAGGAUAUUGGGUAUGAUAAAGUUGAAGGCGUUUAUGUCAAAGACCCUACCAAUAUUCAAUAUGUUGCAUUGGAAAUUGACAACCAACUAUAUAUUAUUAAAGACUCGCAUACUGGGUCCAUUAUUGACUUGUAUGUGAAACGUGUCAUGGUGAAAGAAGGGGUCCCUGCUGGCAGUGUUGUAGGUCCACUGGUUGGUGACAUGGACCAAGAAACAAUUAAUAUAGAAAGUAUGGUUAAUUCUAGGGCAACACAGAUUGAGGGUGCUAUAAAUGUGACCUUAAAUGAGGCAGUUGGGGUUGAAGGGGAAGUAGAACAAGCUCUUAAAGAUGAAGAUAGUAGUGAUAAUGUAGACUUUGAAGAAGAUAACUUAAAUAAUAUUCCUGAUGAAGAUGAUAGUAAAAUUGAUGAAGAAUUGAGUGCUUUUAGAGAGACUGCUAGAAAAGAAAAGAUAAGUGAAAGAAAGACCAAAAAACAUAGAAAAGUCAAUGUCAUUCAAGAAGUGGAGCUUGGGGAAGCUGGGGUAGUUAAUGGAUUUGAGGAUCUAAGGCUUAACAAGAAAGACAUAUUUGUUGGAAAGUUGGGUGGUAAUGAAGACUUCAUUGACUCAUCAGAUGAUGCUAGUGAAGACAGUAGUGAAUAUUUAGAUGUUCUUGCACAAUCAUGUGUUGAUUUACGUUCCAAAAGAAGAAGCAAAAGGCUAAGGUAUGAUGAUUCUGCCAAGUAUGCUUUAUUUGAAUUAGGUAUGCUAUUUAAAAAUAUGUAAAGCUUUAGACAAGUUGUAGCUGAGUAUGCUAUUCAGGAGAAAGUUCAAUUAACUCUAAGACCUAAUGAACCACAUAGAGUAAGGGUAAAAUGUAAAGGAAAGUUGUGUAAUUGGGAACUGUAUGCUACUAUUGAUAAAGAUUCAGGAGAUUUCAUCGUGAAAAAAAUACUAUCCAGUCCAUAAAUGUAAUACAAAAAAACAAGAACAAGUUAUGCUCAACUAAAUAUAUUUCUAAGAAGUAGUUCAAGGACAGAAUAAUCUCUCACCUGAUAUUAGAGUGUAUAAGCUGCAAGAAACAAUUAGUUGCUAUAGGAAAGAAUGAGUAUCAGCAAAUGUACCCAAUAGCAUGGGCAGUUAUUGACCAAGAAACUAAACAUUCUUGGAGUUGGUUCUUAAGUCAUCUCAUUCAAGAUUUGGAGCUUGGUCUGGGAGAUGGAUUAACAGUAAUGUCUGGCAUGAAAAAGGCUCUUGUUCCAGUUGUUCAAGAAUUACUUUCUAAUGCUGAAAGGAGGAUGUGUGCAAGACAUAUUUGGGCAAACUGGCAAAAAAUAUGGAGAGGUGGAGCAAGAAGAAAAGCUUUAUGGAAAUGUGCCAAGGCUAGUUUUGAGAUAAAAUUGAAAGAAGAAUUUGAACACUUGGAUAAACUUGGGCAUAACAUUUGUGAAUCCCCACUUAGUUAUAACAAAGAGUACUGGUGUAGGGCUUAUUUUAGUGAAACUGUUAGGUGUGAUAUUGUUGAAAAUAAUAUGUGUGAGAUAUUUAACUCUUGGAUUGUGGGUCCUAAGCAUAAUACAAUCAUUAGUAUGCUUGAAGAUAUUAGACAUAAGAUAAUGAAUAGACAUGGGGAUAUGAUCAAAUUUGCUGAAACUUGGAUCAAUGACAUUUCACCCAUGGCAAGAUUAGCUUUAGAAGAAAACAAAUAAGUUGGUAUAAGAUUAAAAGUGAUGAGGAAUGCUGAUACUGACUUUGAAAUUGAGGAAGGAGAAUAUAGGUUCAUUGUUGACAUGGUUAGGAAAACAUGUAGUUGGAAACUAUGGCUGUUGAGGGGUAUCCCUUGUGCCCAUGUAGUUUGUGCAUUAUUUCAUAUUGGGGAAGAUCGAAAAGAUUAUGUUGAGCAUUGGUAUAGAAAAGAUACAUACUUGAAUGCUUACAAGUAUUUCAUUCAACCAAUACCCAAUAUGAAGAUGUGGCCUGAAUCAAAUAACCCACCAGUCGAGCUAUUUGAAGUUAAACCAAUGCCUGAUAGACCCAAGAGAUGUAGGAGAAAGGAAAAAGAUGAACCAAGAAAAAAGAAAUGGGGAAAAACAUCAAAGAAAGGAGCCAAGAUGACAUGUUCUAACUACCACUAAGUUGGCCACAACAAAAAAAAGCCUCAUGAAAGACCACAAACAACAACGACUGAAGCAAUACCAAACAGUUAACCUGCUACUCAACAAUCUAGUACAACUACCGAAGCAAUGCUAACGAGACAAUCUAGUACCCAACAUUUCAGUGUUCCUUCUUCUUUGUGUCAAGAUACUACAAGAGUUAGAAAUAAUAUUUUUACUGGGAGAGGGAGAGGACUAGAAAUAGGAGUUGGCAGAGGAAAGGGAAGGGGAAUUGGUAGAGGAAGGGGAAGGGGGAUGAUUCUGAUUCAACAAGUACAUCAGCCAGUACACCUGUUGGAUUUGCUACUACUGAUUCUCUUCAUGUUGCUACUAACACUCUGUUUGGAUCAUUGUUCCUUAUUGUUUUAUAAUGUAUUGUAUCGUAUCGUAUUGUAUUGUAUCGUUUUAUGAAUACAAUGUUUGGAUA